AUGACAUUUUUGAUCAAUAGUUACUUCUGGUGAAAAAGAAAAGAAGGGGAGAUAAAGAUCAGGGGAGCAAGGGACACUAUUAAUCGUAUUUGUGAAGUGGCUUAUAACGGAACAGUUGAAGUUGCUGGCCUUGUUUUGUUCACAGACGCAGCGGAGUCAAAGUAAAAGGAAACCCUUAAAUCAAUGCAAUGCAAGACAAAGAUUUUAAAUGCAAUCUGCUGCGCUGAGGAAUUCCUUUACCCGAGUAGAUGAGCACAGCUGGUAAGGUUCGAUCUCAUUGAAACAAAUGGCGCAUAACGGCGACAGACACAAUUGUGUCGCCAAAACUAGAGGCCAAAUGUAUUAAGUCCAAAGCACUGCGUCACGACCUCCGGCUAACAUGGCGACCAACGUGCUGUUUGUCUCACUACCUCAUUUAGUACGCGUGCCGAUAUGAUGUGCUUUUAAUGUGUUGUGUUUAGUUUUCCGUUGACACACGAAGGACUCACUAUGUCUGUGCUGCUAACCAACUGUGUUCAGAGAUUCAAGACAUGGAGGCGUUACUUUGUUAUUAUUGGCGGGAUAUUUAUUUAUUUACCCAUUGGAGUACCUUGGUACUUUGGAAACUUAGCGACAUAUAUCAACUCAUACUACAACUCCAACCUACCAGCAGACCAUGACGUGGUGGACCCACAAUGGAUCUUCUCGGCGUUCUUCAUCGCGUUUUCCUUGGCCAUCAUCGCUUCCGGUUACAUAAGCAACAUGUACGGACCCAAGAUGACUGUCAUAGUAGCUUUAGUUAUACAUAGCAGCGCUACAUUCUGCAGCUACUUCGCCAUCAAGCACUCCAUGGUAGCACUCAUUAUAACCUUUGGUGCUGUGGGUGGACUGGGCGCCGGUCUAGCUUACGGUCCGCCCCUACCUGUGGUGAUCAAGUGGAUGCCUCGACGUAUUGGUCUGGCUAGCGGGGCUCUAAUGACUGGCUUCGGAGGAGGAGCAGUAUUUUACAAUGAGCUCAUUACCUUCUACAUUAACCCAGAGAACCUCAAACCUGAUGCCAAAGGUCCCCACACAACCUAUUUUACUCAACCGGAAGUCCUGAACAGAAUCCCCACACUGUUUCUUGUACUUGGUGGACUGACAGUCGGGCUACAAAUGAUUGGAGUCUUACUGCUCAGGAAUCCAGAGGAGGGAGAUGAGAUAGAAACUUUAGAAAUGAACGAGUCUAGUCCAAUCAUCCCUGAGAAAAAAUCUCCAGACUCUAAGUAUGGGGAGCCUGCUGUCAUUGAAACUGAAAGCUCAUUCGCUCAACCUACUGGUGCCCCAGAACCUCAUAAAGGAACCAGCUUAAGUGCCAAUGUGUCCAGCGAAAAGGUCAGCAUGGCUUAUGAGCUAGUGGAGAAAACGCCACUAGAGGCGCUGAAGACUUUGGACUUGUAUAUCUUGUGGUUGGCCUUGGCCUUCAAUCACUAUGGUUACAUCAUCAAAAAUAAUUAUUACAAGGAAUUCGGGCAGCUGGUCAUUGACAAUGACCACUUUUUGACCACAACAGGGACUGUGGCAACCAUUGGCGUCUCCCUGGCUCGUAUCUUGUGGGGCAUAGCUACAGACUGGCUUGGUACAAAGGCAACUCUCCUUGUAUUCACGGCCUGCACCACUGUAGCCACAGUCUUCUGGUAUUUUACUCUCUUCAUCAGCCCUGCACUCUACAUGUUUUGGGUCAUCCUGAUCUCUGUAGUCUUCACAGGAGCGUUCAUUCUCUUUCCUUUGGCUGCCCUUCGGUGCUUUGGAGAGAAACAUUAUGCCACCAACUAUGGUCUUAUUUUAUCUUCCCAGAUUGUACUAAAUAUCAUUUCACCGCCAAUCACAAAACUUCUUCUCAUCAACUUUGGAUGGUUUUGGUUGUUCUUCAGUAUAUCCAUUUGUAACUUUUUAGGAACUCUUGCACUGUUGUUCCUUAAGGAAGAUAGAUAGUGGAUCAAGUGUUAGAGUAGUUCGAAUCCUUUUCUGGGAUAGUUGUCUUUAAAUCUAACUACAAGUGGAUUGUCCAUCUUCAAGGAUCUUGUAUCAUUAGAUGAUAAAGUAUGGUGUUAGUAUGGUGUUAGUAAGGUGUUAGUAAGGUAAACUUGGAAUGGAUUUUAGUCCUCCAUGUGUCUUCAAUUGUUAGCUCUGAAAAAAAAAGCGUUAAUUAUAGAUUGUAAAGUUUUUAAAUUAUAGAUUGUAAAGUUUUUAAAUUAUAGAUUGUAAAGUUUUUAAAUUAUAGAUUGUAAAGUUUUUAAAUUAUACUUUGUAACAGUAUGUCGACAUAUGCCACGCAUUGGGAAUAGAAGCUUAUUUGUUGCUGUCAGAAUGGUAUUAAAAAUGUAUAUUUGAUGUCAGCAUACAAAAUAGCUACUAUUUCCCAGACUCAAAUAUGUCUAGGCAAAUUAAUUUCGCAUGUGAGUAUUAGAAGGGUAGCUAACAGUAACAAGGGAUUCUGUUUCCAUACGCUAUGCCAGCUGAUCUGUCAUCGAUAAAAAGUUAUAUUAGCUGAUCUGUCAUCGAUAAGAAGUUAUGCCAGCUGAUCUGUCAUCGAUAAGAAGUUAUGUCAGCUGAUCUGUCAUCGAUAAAAAGUUAUGCCAGCUGAUCUGUCAUCAAUAAAAAGUUAUGACAGCUGUUCUGUCAUCGAUAAGAAGUUAUGUCAGCUGAUCUGUCAUCGAUAAGAAGUUAUGUCAGCUGAUCUGUCAUCGAUAAGAAGUUAUGUCAGCUGAUCUGUCAUCAAUAAAAAGUUAUGACAGCUGUUCUGUCAUCGAUAAGAAGUUAUGUCAGCUGAUCUGUCAUCGAUAAGAAGUUAUGUCAGCUGAUCUGUCAUCGAUAAGAAGUUAUGUCAGCUGAUCUGUCAUCGAUAAGAAGUUAUGUCAGCUGAUCUGUCAUCGAUAAGAAGUUAUGUCAGCUGAUCUGUCAUCAAUAAAAAGUUAUGACAGCUGUUCUGUCAUCGAUAAGAAGUUAUGUCAGCUGAUCUGUCAUCGAUAAAAAGUUAUGCCAGCUGAUCUGUCAUCGAUAAAAAGUUAUGCCAGCUGAUCUGUCAUCGAUAAAAAGUUAUGCCAGCUGAUCUGUCAUCGAUAAGAAGCUAUGCCAGCUGAUCUGUCAUCGAUAAGAAGUUAUGUCAGCUGAUCUGUCAUCGAUAAGAAGUUAUGUCAGCUGAUCUGUCAUCGAUAAGAAGUUAUGUCAGCUGAUCUGUCAUCAAUAAAAAGUUAUGACAGCUGUUCUGUCAUCGAUAAGAAGUUAUGUCAGCUGAUCUGUCAUCAAUAAAAAGUUAUGUCAGCUGAUCUGUCAUCGAUAAGAAGUUAUGUCAGCUGAUCUGUCAUCAAUAAAAAGUUAUGACAGCUGUUCUGUCAUCGAUAAGAAGUUAUGUCAGCUGAUCUGUCAUCUAUAAGAAGUUAUGUCAGCUGAUAUGUCAUCGAUAAGAAGUUAUGUCAGCUGAUCUGUCAUCAAUAAAAAGUUAUGACAGCUGUUCUGUCAUCGAUAAGAAGUUAUGUCAGCUGAUCUGUCAUCGAUAAGAAGUUAUGUCAGCUGAUCUGUCAUCGAUAAGAAGUUAUGUCAGCUGAUCUGUCAUCAAUAAAAAGUUAUGACAGCUGUUCUGUCAUCGAUAAGAAGUUAUGUCAGCUGAUCUGUCAUCGAUAAGAAGUUAUGUCAGCUGAUCUGUCAUCGAUAAGAAGUUAUGUCAGCUGAUCUGUCAUCGAUAAGAAGUUAUGUCAGCUGAUCUGUCAUCGAUAAGAAGUUAUGUCAGCUGAUCUGUCAUCAAUAAAAAGUUAUGACAGCUGUUCUGUCAUCGAUAAGAAGUUAUGUCAGCUGAUCUGUCAUCGAUAAAAAGUUAUGUCAGCUGAUCUGUCAUCGAUAAGAAGUUAUGUCAGCUGAUCUGUCAUCAAUAAAAAGUUAUGACAGCUGUUCUGUCAUCGAUAAGAAGUUAUGUCAGCUGAUCUGUCAUCAAUAAAAAGUUAUGACAGCUGUUCUGUCAUCGAUAAGAAGUUAUGUCAGAUGUUCUGAUAAGAAGCCGGCUAGAAUAUGUGAGCCACUGAUUUUUUUUUCCUUGUCGUUGUUGACCAGUUUCAAUGCUUUGUGCACACAUUGCUCUGUGACUUACAAAAUAUACAGAUAGCCGAAAGGUGUUCAAUCCUACCCAGCUAUACAAGUAUAGCCACGGGAAAUACUGCACAACUCAAAGACAAGCCUUUUUAUUAUACAAGCAUUAUUAUUGUAUUAACAAAGUUGGUUUGCCGACUCCCAGUCUAUUGAAUGUUUUGUUUUCAAUGUAUAGCCAUCAAACUGGUCUCCAAAAAGAAGUACAAUUUUUUUCUUAUGGGGGGGGGGGGCUGUCUUAUGUUUACAUUAAUUUAAAAAUGUAGAAGACAUUAUUGUUUGUAUUCUUAUAAUUGUUAGUUGCAGGCUCCCUUCUCUCCCCCACUAACGUAAACAUUUUGUUUUCAACACAAAGAACAAGAUUUUAUUUUUCUAAAGACAUUCCUGACUGCCCUCAGCCACGAUUAGUGUUCUGAUUGGAUGUCAACUACUUAUUGAUGGGAUCAAAUAUAUAGAUAUAUAUAGUUCGUCCAUCGUGUUUCAAAUAACUGUGAUAUCGUCUGCCAAGAAUGUGCCUUAUAUUCUGUACAUAUUUCUAUGGUUUUAUAGUAUUCAGAUAAGUAUUAUUAUUGGAGGUAUGUUAGCUUAUUCAUACUCUUUCAUUUGGUCCUCAAAAUUUGAUGGACAUGUAAUGAUGAGGGAUAUCUGAUCUUUUUCUGUACUCCCCAUUUUAUAUAGCAAACUAAAUAAAUUAAGUAAGCCUAGCCUUCAAUGAGAUUUGAAUACAGGUAUAUAAAUGUUUUCAGAAAUUUGUAGUGGCUUUAAUUUUUAUUAUUAAUUAUUGUACAUAAUUAAGUCCAACAGUAAUAAAGAAAUUGAUUAGGCUGAAAAUAUUCAUAAACAAACAAAUUAGUCCUUGAGCUAUGACCUAAAAUACUACCAUAAUUAUUUGCUUUUAAUAGUGUAUGUGUUCAACUUGUCAUUACACUGUUUAUAUAUAUUGUUCACAUGAAAUGUACAUUUAAUCUCAAAUUUCAUUUUAGUAAAUAUAUAUAUAUCUAUAUAUCAGAAAUUCUCUUCUAAUAUGUCCACACAUUAAAUAACCUUGCUAUCAAUAGAUGUUGUUCUAAUGGUUCAGCACUGGGAAGAGCCUGCAAGUAGAUCAUGCUAACAACACACACACACAAAACUAUCAAUAAAACUGAACCACAAAAAGUUGUUGAAUCCAUUAUAGAAUUUUCUUUUCCAGGCCAUAUUUUUGGAAGGGAAGUCAAAGUUCAACAAGUACAUAGAAAUAAUAAACACACACGUGUGCUAAAUACAAAUAUUAUGCUUAUGACAUGCAAAUAAGUGGACUAGCCACCCACAUUUUACUAACUGGUGCCUCUUUUUGGUGAUAGUGAAAUCUCUGCCACCAAUGAAACAAAAAUCCUGUUUAGAUGUGUUCAAAUGUAUUUCUUUAAAUAAUAGUUUAACACUCUGCCUACUUAUUUAUUCGAAUGAAGACUUUUCUAGUUUUUGUGAGUUUCUGCGUCAAGGAACA